AUGUCUCUGAUUACGGCCUUCCGUCCUCGGUCCACCAGGAUCUCGUCCGCUUUGCGACACCGGUCAGAAAGAGCACGUCGUCGCCAUCAGGCAAGUUCCCCAGGUGAUCAGACUAGUGUACCUGAAGAUGGUGAACAAGGAGAAGACCUUGACGCCCAUUCCAUCAUUACUCCAUCGAAGCACACGCCCAAGCCGUGGCGUGCUUUGAAGGGCUCUGUCGCUAGAGGAGGUCCUCUUCGCCCAUUCCGACUUUUGAAACAGGACAUCGUCAAUGUUCGCAGGCGCUAUCUGUCCGACUGGACGGUGUUUAAUCAGCAGAUAUUUGCUAGCGCUGUAUACGUGUUCUUCACCAAUCUUCUUCCAGGCAUCACGUUUGCGAGUGAUCUUUACGUCUUGACUGGAGCGAAUUGGGGAACCAUCGAAGUUGUCUUCAGCACUGGUCUUUGCGGUAUCAUCUUUGCUCUUGCUUCGAUACAGCCAUUGACUAUACUCGGCGUGACUGGUCCAUUCUCCGUACUGGCCGAGAAUAUAUAUGCGUUGUGCAUUGACAGUUUCAAGAUACCCUUUCUACCAUUCAUGGCAUGGUCAUUGAUCCAUGCUGCCUGGAUGCAUUAUAUACUGGCUAUCGUCAAUGCCCAUGACUGGACAAUGCGAUAUGUCACAACCUUCUCGACCGAGAUCUUUUCGUUGUUGAACAGUGUGAUCUAUUUCCACAAGGCCAUUCAGGAAUUGCAACGAGCUCACGACAGUCUUUCAUUUGCGGCAUUUCUGUAUGCAGUUAUUGGCGCCGUCGGUACCAUGCUUCUUGCAAUAUUCCUCUCGACCGCUGAAUCGUGGCGACCAUUGUUCCACCGAUAUAUUCGGCUCGGACUUGCAGAGUAUGCCGCUGCAAUCUCCAUAAUUAUUUUCAUUGGCAUGCCUCACGUCGGAGAACUAGCAAACUUGGACAAGAUGACCCUCAAUGUCAGUCAUUCAUUUCGGCCGACCUCCCCAGAACGUGAUACAUUCUUUGUCCAUUUCUGGACUUUGCCCGUAGGCUGGAUACUGGCUGCCAUAUUACCCGGGUUGAUCAUCACAGUACUCUUCUUUUUCGACCAUGAAGUGAGUUCGAUAAUUUGUACCAUUGAUAGGUACGGGACCCGAAAGCCUGGCGGGUUUGCAUGGGAUAUCGUUCUACUAGGAACGACGACGGCGAUCUGUGGAAUUCUGGGAAUUCCUCCGGCAAACGGACUACUCCCUCAGGCUCCUCUUCACUCGGAGUCGUUGAUGUACUCGGAACAUGAGCAGCACACGGUGAUUGUGGACGGCGAAGAAAAAGUAGAGUCCCGCGAGGUUCGACGUGUCUAUGAGCAACGGUGGUCGGCAUUUUUGCAUGCCGGUGGCAUCAUGCUUUUCGUCAGUCCGCCGUUUAUGACUGUCCUGGGAUUGACCCCAACAAGCGUGUUAGCAGGGUUGUUCCUGUUCAUGGGAGAGCAGAGCUUAUCCGUCAACCCUAUACUAUACCGCUUCUUCUACAUCCUGACCCCACCGUCAGAACUCCCUCAGCUGCCUGCCGCUCUCCAUAACAAAGAUUCCCCUUCUGAGAGACCUUCCUAUCUCCCCAUCCAUUAUUACACCAUCCUGCAGAUCGUCCUCACAGCUGCGGUCUUCGUUCUCACUUUGACGAAAGCUGCACCGGCAUUUCCGGUCCUUAUAAUUGCUUUAGUCCCCUUCCGCUUGCUCUUUAUGAAACGUUGGUGGAAUCGCGAAGUACUCCGAUUCGUCGAUGCAUGGGCAUGCCGUGAAGGUACGCCUGAAGAUGAUGAGGACCAGCAAGCUCAAAGCAAGAUGAUGAGUAAUGCCGCUGAGGGCGCUGUGUUUACCGCCGAUGCUUAUCCUCUGAAUAAUGGACGAAAUGUGAAUGCAGAGUCAUAUGUCGCGCGUCGUGAAGAUGCUGGCGCACGGGAGACUUCUGAUACGGAUCAUGCGCAGGAGUGGAUAGAGCUGGAUUUGCAUGAACCAAGGGCUCCGGCAGAUGAAGAGAUCGGUGCCCCGACGGACAAGAAUUUUGACGCUUAG